CUUUGCACACGCGCGUUCUCUGCGCGUAUGAUGUGGCGGUUUCUCAGAGAAGCUCCGGUCAUUUCACAAUAUCCUUAUACAGAAACGUCCUGUCAAACAGAAUGAGUCUCAGGUGAUCGAGUCUUGGUGGUUCUGGUCCAGUGGGGCUCCUGGGUGGAAAGAUGGAGAAGGAAGAUCUGAAAAUUGUGAACAAAGGCCUGGAGGAUGAAAUGGAGGUCUGUGGGUACAGGCCCUGCCGCUGGAAGCUGGUGUUGGUGGGCCUGGGCGUGGUCUGCACCGCCGGCUUCCUGCUGCUGCUCCUCUAUUGGAUGCCCGAGUGGUGGGUGAAGGGCACCUGCACCCGGACCACCCUCCAAGAGGCCGAGGUCCUGCUGCUCAGGUCCACCGAUGAGUUCAAACUGUGGUUCCGAGCCAAAGUGCAAGUGCUUCUGGCCGCAGGGAAGAAUCCGUUUUACCUGGAUUCCCAGACUUCCCUGGCUUUGGCUAACGGCCAUGCUGCACACUGUUCUGAUGACUCCCUAGAGGACCUUAGUGGGAAGAGCACCCAUCAUCAGCCUGUGCAGAUUCGCUAUUUCACACUCCACAGCACAAAAUACUACUGGAACGAUAAGAUGCAGAAUUUUGAAGUUUUACACGGUUUGGAGGACCUGGAAUUGACCUGCUCCUGUGUAUACUCGGACCAUAGCACAGGGCUGACCACGCAAAUGCAGGACCACAGGAGGCUGUUUUUUGGAGUGAAUGAAAUCGACGUGAAAGUGCCCUCAGUUUUCAAGCUGCUAAUCAAAGAGGUGCUGAACCCCUUCUACAUCUUCCAGCUCUUCAGCGUCAUUUUGUGGAGCAGCGAUGAAUACUACUACUACGCCUCGGCCAUCGUCUUCAUGUCUGUCAUAUCCAUAACUACCUCGCUGUACACCAUCCGGAAGCAAUAUGUUAUGCUGCACGACAUGGUGGCCUCUCACAGCAUUGUACGAGUUUCUGUCUGCAGGGCCAACAACGAGAUUGAGGAGGCCCUGUCCACAGACCUGGUUCCAGGAGACGUCCUGGUCAUCCCCACCAAUGGGACCAUCAUGCCCUGUGAUGCUCUGCUCAUCAGUGGCACCUGCAUUGUCAAUGAGAGCAUGCUCACAGGUGAAAGUGUGCCAGUGACCAAGACCAACCUGCCCAACCCAGACCAGGGGAGGAAAGAGGCUGAGGAGGCCAGUGUCUACAGCGUGGAGGAACACAAGAGGCACACGCUGUUCUGCGGCACCCACGUCAUACAGACGCGCUUCUACACGGGCGAGCUGGUCAAGGCCGUGGUGGUCAGGACCGGUUUCAGCACUGAGAAGGGGCAGCUGGUACGCUCCAUCCUGUACCCCAAACCCACCGAUUUUAAACUGUACCGGGACGCCUACCUCUUCCUCCUGUGUCUGGUGGGGGUGGCUGGGAUCGGCUUCAUCUACACCCUGGCCGUCAGCAUCAUGAAUAAGGAGCCUGCCAGAUUCAUCAUCGUCGAGUCCCUGGACCUCAUCACCGUCACCGUGCCCCCGGCGCUCCCCGCCGCCAUGACCGUGGGCAUAUACUACGCCCAGCGGCGCCUCAAACACAUCGGCAUCUUCUGCAUCAGCCCCCAGAGGAUCAACAUGUGCGGCCAGCUCAACCUGGUCUGUUUCGACAAGACCGGCACACUCACUGAAGAUGGCCUGGACCUGUGGGGCGUCCAGAGAGUGGACAACAGCAGCUUCCUGCUCUCAGAGGAGAGUGUGCGCAGGGAGGCCCUGGUCAAAUCCCACUUUGUGUCCUGCAUGGCCGUCUGCCACUCCCUGACCAGGAUCAAGGGGGAGCUGUCCGGAGACCCUCUGGACCUGAAGAUGUUCGAGGCCACAGGCUGGAUUCUUGAGGAGCCCACAGAGGAAGAGACUUCUCUCCACAAUCGCAUCAUGCCCACGGUGGUCCGCCCACCCACGCAGUUGCUUCCUACGCAGCCGACAACCUCCAAUCAGGACAUGGAGCUGUACGAGUUAUCGGCAUCCUACGAGAUUGGGAUUGUGCGGCAGUUCCCCUUCUCCUCGGCGCUCCAGAGAAUGAGCGUGGUGGCCAGACUGCUGGGGGAGAAGCGCAUGGAUGCCUACCUCAAGGGGGCACCAGAAGUGGUGGCCAACCUCUGUAAGAAGGAAACAGUGCCGGAGGACUUCUCUGAGGUUCUGGAGGGUUACACCAAGCAGGGCUUCCGGGUCAUUGCCCUGGCCCACCGGCGGCUGGAGUCCAAACUCAACUGGCACAAAGUACAGAGCAUCAGCAGGGACCUUAUUGAAAACAGCAUGGAGUUCCUGGGCCUUAUCAUCAUGCAGAACAAGCUGAAGGCCGAGACGGCGGGUGUUCUGGAGGACCUUCGGCGCGCCAACAUACGCACCGUCAUGGUCACAGGUGAUAACAUGCUGACGGCUAUAUCAGUGGCGCGAGACUGCGGCAUGAUCCCUCCGCAAGACAGGGUCAUCAUAGCAGACGCACUUCCUCCUAAAGACGGCCGGACCGCCACUAUUGAGUGGCACUAUGCAAACGACCCCACCACGCGUCCCAACAAAGGCUCCCACUUUGAGGCGGUGGACAUGAGCCUAGAUGAGGAUGACGAGGACACCCUGUCUCUGCACCAGCGCUACCACUUUGCCAUGAGCGGCAAGUCCUUCGGCGUCAUCACCACGCACUUCCAGGAUCUGGUUCAGAAGCUGGUCCUCCACGGCACGGUGUAUGCCCGGAUGGCUCCGGACCAGAAGACUCAGUUGGUGGAGGCGCUGCAGAGCGUGGACUACUUCGUGGGCAUGUGUGGCGACGGAGCCAACGACUGUGGCGCCCUGAAGAGAGCCCACGGUGGGAUCUCCCUGUCAGAGCUGGAGGCUUCUGUGGCCUCCCCCUUCACGUCCAGAACCCCCAACAUCACCUGUGUGCCAGACCUCAUCAGGGAGGGAAGAGCGGCUCUCGUCACUUCCUUCUGUGUCUUCAAGUUCAUGGCUCUAUACAGCAUAAUCCAGUACAUCAGCAUCGUUCUCCUCUACUCUUACGCCAGCAACCUUGGAGAUUUCCAGUUCCUUUUCAUCGAUGUUGCAAUCAUUCUGGUCAUGGUGUUCACCAUGAGUCUGAACCAGGCUGGUAAGGAGCUGGUGGCACAGCGCCCCCCACUGGGCCUGAUCUCCAGGCCGCUGCUCUCCUCCGUCCUGCUGCAGAUCCUGGUGUGCCUGGGCUUCCAGGUGCUCUGUUUCCUGCUGGUGAAGGAGCAGAGCUGGUAUGAGGAGUGGACCCCUGCCUCAGAUGCUUGCAAUACGUCCAGUAUUGCUCACAACACUACAAACAGUGACCACAUGGAGAGGAACAUCCAGAACUACGAGAACACCACCAUCUUCUAUGUCUCCUGCUUUCAGUAUCUCAUCGUCGCCAUCCUCUUUUCCAAAGGGAAGCCCUUCAGGCAGCCUAGCUACAGAAACUGGCCGUUCCUCCUGUCUGCUGUGUUCUUCUACUUCAUCCUGUUGUUCAUCGUAUUGUAUCCGAUUCCAGCCAUCGAUAAUGUUCUGGAAAUUGUGUGCGUCCCUUAUCAGUGGCGAAUCAUGGUGCUCAUUAUGGUGGCAGUGAACGCUGCCGUAUCUGUCCUAAUCGAGACUGUCCUCCUUGACACCGUCUUUCAGAAGCUUGCGUUCAGCCCAGACAAGCAGGGCAGCCGUGGCGUCACCUCUGCCUCCCAGACGCCUCAGGCUGGUAUUGACUGCUGCGGGCCCAGUUGCCUGGCAUGGUUGUGCUGUCAGAGGACACAGUCAUCUAAUGUACGCUACAUGCGGCUGGCCAGAGAGCUGCAGAUGGACCCCUACUGGCCUCCCAAGCCCAGGACUACCACUGAGGCCAAACCUCCCCACAGCCCUGAGAACACAUUCCACCUGUUAGCCUCCUAGCACCACUGCUAACCCUCACUGCGUGGACGCAACUGAUCAAAUACAAGACGGGUUGCUGUUAUUAGAGACUUUUUUUUUUUAACUGAAGCCAUUUUAUAUCGUACAGAAAAUAAUUUAUACCCUGUUCUUAUGUGCAAGCUUCCACAAAGGUGCUCUGAAGGGACGGUGGGUCGGUUUUUUCCAAAACAAUGCGGAGGUGUGUUGGCAGCCUGGGAACAGACCAAAGCCCUUUCUGAAAUCUGUGGCUUUCCCGUUCUUCAGUGCCGCAAGAAGAUUUCUUGAAGGAUUUCAAAGCAGCUCCUUGUUUUGACUGUUUUGCUGCUUCGUGUAAUUCCAAGGACCAGCACUAAUACAUGUUGCUGCCUUAAGUGAAAAUCUGAAAAUGUUGACACUAUAGUAGGAUGAGGCAAUGCCAUGGGGUGCUAGCUGUGCAAAUGGGACGCAUCCUUACUCCAUAUCAAAUGCUACUGGAAGAUGGCAAAGCCUUCAAGUAGCCAGUAGGUACACAUUCAUAAAACAAUUUCAACAGUGCAACCAAUUCAUAAACACAUUAAUAACAAAUUAGUAAACUUAUGAGAAUGAUGCAAACGUUUUUCGAAAUGUAACAAUGGUAACACAUUACGGUUCUUGGGAUCUUCUCCACUAUUUUUUCUCGGCUGUUUCUCUUUAUCCUUCUUUUCUUCCUGUGGAAGAACAAUCCUGCCAUGAUAAUCACAAACGCCUGGGUGUUCACGAGGCUCCUUUGAUUUUUGCACGUUUUAAACACAAUUAUCUGAAAGUGGGGUGAUUCGAAUAGAUUGGUUUGGAGCUUGCCCGGCGCAAGUCAGUAUGGUGUCAGUGGAGAUGCCUGCUGCAAUCUUUGACCAUGGUCAGUGGAGGCCUUUCUAUCGAGUUUGUUCUCAAAUGGGGUCACCCAUUGGAAGUGGAAGUAUUGGAUCAGCGGUGGUGGUCACCCGCUGUACUGUAACUGUCGAGUGGAAGCCUGUCGUGGGCAGCCAUAUUCCACAGGUUUGCUCUCCAUUCGACUGGCUUCAUAUCAAACAAUAUUCUGUACAUGUGGUUAUAUCUACAUUUAUAUUAGAAUAUAGACCAGCAGUACCCUUUCAUUUAGGAAACCGUGUCAGAUAGGGCAGGAAAAUGCCAGUCAUACAGAGUAGUGGAUUAGCUUUUUAAUUCUGUAUCUGGAGUCUAUCAGCAUUGAUGACUGGUGGAUUUUGACUGUUCUUUCCAAAAAUACUUUAAAUUAUGCUUUACUUGUAUUAACUGUAUUAAUUCUGACAUGUAAUUUAUGCUAUUGCUGUGCUUUGAGUGUACAAAACAAUAUUUCACAUUUUUGUAUUAAAGUAAUAAUAUAUUUUAAUAAAAAGUCACUUCAGUUGAAAUUGUUUGAAAAUGUAAGUGGUAAUUAUUUGAAAAUGAUAGGUGUGAAAUUUGAAGAUUACAUUUUACUGUUUUAAUUUACUGUUUUAACCCAAUAGUCAUUCGUGACUUUGAAAUCUGAUUGAUUUUCACGUACUUACAAUUUCUGUGUAAAUAUGUCAUUCACCUGAGGUGGCUUAAUGCAGUGGUACCUUUCAAUGCCCAACCCCACCAACCUCAAAUGUGACACUAUUAUCUAAACCAUAUGUAAUGUGUGUUUCACACACUAGUGCACGAAAGCUUGUCUAAUGAGAUUAUAAUUCAAUACAAAAUAAAUACACAAUAAAUCACAAAAGCAUUACAGGUCUACGUGUAUAGAUAUGUAAUUUAUUAAAUAUGGAAAUAUAAACAACAUAUCCAUAAAAGAGUAAUCCUGCCUUAAUGUUUAAACGCAAGUAUGAAUCCAAUGCCACAUGCCAUGAAAUGCUUUUUUCUUUUUUUUAAUUGUAAUAACAUAUGUACAAUGGUAUAUUCAUAUAUACAAAUUGUUUAUUCAUCAUUAUACAGCACCCUUUCGUUUUUUUAAAAUUAUAUGAAUAAUUGGCAAUAAACUGAAUAAAAACGAUUCAGUCAAUAUAAUCACCAGUGGAACCACAUGUUUUACUAUGGUAUUUCUAUAUGUUUAUAGAACAUGGAUUUCACAUUUUAAGUUGUUGACAUUUUUAUUAUUUUGAUGAGGGGAAUAGGAGGGGUUUGCAAUUGAAUGUAUGUUGGUACUUUUUGAUUGAAGGAUUUAUUAAAUAUCUGUACAUUUUCAUGAUGUCUGAAUUUAUUUAAUGCAGUUAAUUUAAAAUGAUAUUUUUCAUCCUACAACUGUAACGGUAUGUUUAUUUAAAUCUUAGGAAUUUAUGGAUAUGGGUAAUUUAUUAUGCAUUUUUAACAUGUUGUACAAGUACUGGGCAGUUUGAUCAUUUGGUCAAAUAAAAAUAGGUUGACACAUUGACAUUGUGGCGUGAAAUGAAUCCGAGUUUGCCUUAACAUUUGCUUAAUUAUCAAAGCAAUGCACUGAUCAUAUUUAGGGAUGCUCACAUUUUGCUCAUGAACAGGUCAGUGAACAGUUUUCUGAGGUAGGGAAACUAAUUGUAUACUACAUGUUAUUGUCAUCACGCAAAUGAUUUAAAUAAACCUGAUAUUGCACACAA